UGUACACAGUCAUCUGCAAACAAGCUUGUCAAUUAUUAAUAAAGCUCAACUCAGCCCCAGGAAACUGAAUCCGAGCAGGGAAGGAGGCACAGGGCUUAGUUCACGGGACAGUCACUCCCUAGGGAAAUGCAGGAAGAGGACUCUCUCUCUAGAUCAGGAGCAUAGAUAGCUCAAUAGAGUUUCCUAAGAACAGCUGAUCCCACUGAAAGGGAAUCUUUGCUCUGCUUUGGGUCGCUCACCAGCAUGGUCUGGAGUGAAACCGACUAAGAAGCGAGAAGAAUGACCACUGAUUCAGGGCCAGAGAUGGAAGGUGACCUCUCCUGCACCUCGACUGAGGGACUGAGGAGCUGCGAGCCCCUGGAGGGAGGCAAUGCCAGCAAGGAAGGAGCGAUGGGGCCAGCCUGGGAUGCCACUCCAGACCACAGCGGAGGAGGGAUCACAGGCCUGGAGCAGCAGGGCUGCACUGGAAGUACAUCUUCUGGAUUCACAAGUACUGUGGUCGAGCCCAGCCUCCCUGCAUGUGAUGGGCAAGAACCCAAGUGCACUUCAGGAGUCACCAACACAAGCUUUGUUGGGGAUCCCCCACCCUAUUCUCCUCCAGACCCAAAGACUGCUCACUUGAUGUACCCACCUUUCCAGGCCAUCUCAGGACAAGUGCCCAUCAUGUACCAGCCAGGACCUUUGCAGCAGAAUUUACCUCCUGGCUCCUUCCCAUACACUAUUUACAACGGGCUUCCUGCCAGUCGGCUUCCAGGAGCAGCAGACAGGAGGCGUCCGCCCAAAGAUUAUAUGGUGGAGUCGGUGCUGGUGACGAUUUUCUGCUGCUUAUUGACAGGGGUGAUCGCCCUUGUCUACUCCCACGAGACACGAGCAGCCCUGAACAGAGGAGACCUGAUCCAAGCCAAGCUAGCAUCCAAAAAAGCCCGAUCACUGGUUCUCUUCAGCCUGCUCUUUGGAGUGUUUGUGUGCAUCAGCUGGGUCAUCUAUGUAGUGGUGGUCCUUUAUGUAUGAUAGAGCACCCCACAGACGACAAGCCGCAUCAUGUGAAGAGCUCACCAUCAUCAGCGGCACCUGGGGGAGCGUGGCAAGCACCUAGUCGUGAGCUAAGAGAAGUGCCAUGAUACUGCAAGAUGGCAUGGAAAUCAGAGGGUCUCUAAGCUGCCAUGCUUUCUGCCAGCAGAUACCGUGCAGCACAAGUGUAUGCUUGCCCAGCCCCUGGGAUUGCAUUUCAUUCUGUUCCUCAAGUGCAGUGACUGUGGGGUAUUGUGCCAGUCUCAGCCAAACCAGCAGCACCACGGCAAUGACUUAGAUGCUGCCCCAAAGCUAGCAUGGAAGCAACCCACCUGCCUCAUCCAGCCCCAGGGGACUGCAAGACAAGUGAGCAAGCUCCACCGGACUGACCGCUCCGUUGCUUCAAUAACUUGGGGCAAUCCAAAAGCUGAACAUCAGCUUCACAAAACACUAUGUGUCCGAGGGCAUCUCCAUGAUUUAUCAACAUCCAACACCUCAUUCACAGCUUGUGGCCUCCAUUCCCAGAACAGCAUCUUGGUGGGAAGAAAACGUGCAAUGUCAGCAAGCUGAAGGCAAAGAAGCUGCCAGCACAAGAACCCUCUCUCCCCUCUGCUAGGAUAUCCCAGUUUAGCUAGAAUUCCUUUGUGGCUUGUGCUGAACAAUGAUCUAUCUAGAAAAGGCAGAAUCAUGUCAAUCAUUGGAGAAAACAACCCAGACAGCUGCAGGAGAAGAGGUAACGUCUCUGCUGUCAUAUGUUAUCCGAUGGCAACACAUUUUGUGAUUGUGUUUUAGGCACACAAAAUCUGGAGGUAUCACUCCAAUUCAUAGGACUUGAAUAAGAAGAAACACACCUUCCUGAUGGCCUGAAUAUCGCAAGCUUUUAACAUCCAGAAUCUAUGUUCGAAACGGCCAGCAAGGAAAACAAAGGCUGUGUUAUUUCAGGAUUUCACAGGAACAAUUUAACCCGUUCUGGGGAUUGUGGCCCAAGAACGGUCAAUAUGAAAACACUUUAAUAAAAAAAAGAAAGAAAA